AUGCCAGCCUUCUACGGUACACGGCCAUCGGCCAGCGCAUUGCCAAUCACACCUCCAGACUCUGGUUCGGGAUACAGUUACAGCAACAUGUAUCACAACCAGGAUCCGUAUGCGCCGCACCAGGGUCUCAGCCAACUUCGUCAAGACAGCACGUAUGACUACCAGCCGCAGCAGGAUUACAUGCAGCCCGCUAUUGCGCCUGGACCGCCAGGUUACUCCUACUCGCAAGGGGGCUACCAGACUGCCAACAACCUGCCACCAAUCUCAAGCUACUACGAGCAUUACGAGCCGAUCGGCGCACCGAUUUUGCCACCGCUGAGGAUCAACGACCGUGCGUCCUUUGCUGAUGACUAUCAACGCAGAGUACAGCAGCAACAGCAGGAUGCAGUAGCGCGCGAGCAGCAACGUCAGGCGGUCAAGGAGGCGAAAGCGACAGGCGGUGUGUCUGCCAAGCUCGACUACGAGAUGGAGAGAAUGACGGACUUUGUCACGGAGGCCACCAUGACAAUCUUCCAUCACAAGAUGACAAGCCCGCCCUCCUUCCGCAAAUGGGUGCAUCAGGUACUCUCCGCCACGAGACUACCGUCAUCCACGAUCAUGCUCAGCUUGCAUUAUCUCAACGAUCGCAUCGCGCGCUUCCCGGAGACGGUGACGACCAAUGAGAACCAGAUCUAUCGGCUUCUUGCCGUGGGUCUGAUUCUAGGCAGCAAGUUCUUAGAUGACAACACCUUCAUCAACAAGUCGUGGGCAGAUGUCACCGCGAUCAAGGUUACCGAGCUCAAUCAGCUUGAGGCUAAGUGGCUUGAUAUGAUUGAGUGGCGUCUUCAUGUCGAUCCUGAGUCGCCUCAUGGCUUGCAAGCGUGGCUACGCGCGUGGAGGGACUAUCAGAUCAAGGACAUCAUCAAGCAGCCCCCCGCUCGCUUGUCGCCCCUCGACACUAAUGUGCAUCGUCACAGCGGGCAUCGUGAGCGCUUCUCCCCCUACCCGACACCGUACAGUGGCGCUCCGUCUCGUUACGACUCUGCGACUUCGGCUCGGUCAUCUCAAUACGGCAGCACCACCGCUUACGGUAACGACUUGUGGGCCAUGAGCGGGCGCACAUCAUACGACGACUACUACAAUCGACCUGGCAGGUACGCUGGAUUGUCCGAAAUGGAUACCUACAACCAGCGUGCUGCUGACGAGCGCGCUCGUCAGUCAGCGUAUACCUACCAGCAGAACGCUCACGCGUCUUACUAUCAGAUGCCGACAUACGGAUCUACCUGGGACCAACCAGCGUGGAAUGCAGCUCAUCGAUAUGACUGCGCUUGCACUGCUUGUGCCUACCAGAGCCACUAUCGCCCCUACUCGAUGGCCACUGGCUACUCGGCUCAGGCGGUCAUGGGUUGA